UGAUUAUAAUUCUGCGGGAUGGGGAAUGAGAAUAACGUAUUACGCAGUGUGCGUAUGAGGCUAGUAUCAAUUAAACAAGCAAACAUUGGACGAUAGUUACUAACUAUGCAAACAACAACAUCGACUGGACAGACCAUGAUACCUUUAUAAUUGAAUGUAACAACAGAGAAAGAUCUCAUUAUAAGAUGUGCAGAAAUGACGACGACAACUUCCUGGAUCUUUAUACACAGUAUGAUAUGAAUGCGAGGCUGAUGGAGAACAUCAGGAGCAGAGGAAUAUCUGCUGCUAAUCAGACCAAGAUGAGGAGAAACACACUGCGUGUAGGGAUAAAAGUCGUCUUCUUGCUUAGUUUCGCCGUUCUAAGCUUCUACCUUGGAUGGCAUGCAGUACCACGGUCUGUCGCGAAGAAAGAGAGGGCCAUCCCGUACAAAGCUCCUGCGGCUAGUCCGACUGCUGCUCUCUCAAACAAUGGUAGAUUACCUUUACAAAUCAACGCAUGCAGAGAAAACUCAACGAUUAGAAAGCCUAUACCAACCCAUUCUAGGCCUAGACCAAGACCUCGAAUCAUAUUGGCCACAACCAACAAAGCCUUCUUGGACUUUACAGAGAACUGGAUUGAGAGCCUAAAGCGAUGCAACGUCAGGGACCACGUGACUAUAAUAGCUGAAGAUCCUUCCACAUAUGAAAUCCUAGCCAAGAGAAAUGAUAUCAAUCUAGAACUAUUGCUGACGAGUAAAACCAACUUACCUGACAGUGAUCUUGCUUUCGGAUCUCAAGACUAUCUUCGUUUAGUUAACAAAAGACCCAAUUAUAUUCUGCGGUACUUACAAAGGGGCACCGACGUCCUCUUUUCAGAUGUGGAUACGGUAUGGCUCAAGAACCCCUUACCGUUCUUCGAGGACGGUUACGAUUUGUACUUCGGAAGGGACAUCUACGACGACCAGACAAAACCGGACUUAGUUUGUGCGGGUUUCGUGUAUUACCGUGCCACCAAAGCUACGAUUGAUUUAAUUGUAAAAUGGAUCCAACGCAUCCACGCUCGACCCGAGAUACCUGAUCAACAACUACUGAAUCAUUUGUUACGUAACAGAACCAUUCGAAAUACACUCAAAUUGAAAUAUCUGGAUCAAAGACAGUUCCCAAAUGGAAAUGAUUAUUUUAAUGUGGAAUGGAGAGAGAAACAUGCCAACAUAGAACCGAUCGUUGUACACAACAACUGGAUAAAAGGACAUGAUAUUAAGAUAGAAAGGUUUAAGAAUGCUAGCAUGUGGUAUUUAUGAUAUUUAUCCGAAGAACAUACAAUGUUGUAUCAAUUGGAAACUGAAUGAGCGUAGAAGAUACAAUAUAAAGGGACAAAAAAUUAUCUUUCAGUAUUGCACAAAAGUAAAUUAAAACCUCCUCAUUGGGCACCUCUUCAAAUUACAAGUCAACAGGGGUCAAAUUUGACGCAAUUACGGUGACGACAUAAAAUGUGGACCCGGUCGACUCGCCGAUGUAGCUGAGGCGAUGGCCCGUGCUUAAUUAAUGCAAAGUCUUUGUGAAUAUAGGUACUGAUAAUGUCAUCAAUUCGAUAGUUAGUUUUUAGGUCUACAACUUCCGAUUUUCAAAGCUUUAGAAUUCGAGUUAUCAGAGAGCUGUUAAUCCUCAGACAAAACAAUAGCAUAUAUUUAUAUUAUUGUAUCUAUGGCUUCUAAACUUUCUGUUUUCUUUUUUCCCUUCCGACAGGAUUUUUAAUGGAAUGACUAGUGCUUUAUUCAGGGGCGGAUCUACAAGGGAAGAGGGGGGGGGG